AAGACUGAAAUUGCCUUUACUCUCUUGUAAGUUGGCAAAAAGUAAUAUAGCAAAAUGUUAUAUGCGUUGGUAUCUACCCCUUUUUCUAUCUUUUUCAUUAUUAUAACCACAAAGAAAAAACUUCCAUCUUUUCAUCAACCACAAAAAGUAGGUUAUGUGUCAACUUUUAGCCAUAAUAAUAUAAGUGACGAAUCGCUACAAAUACAUGAUGAUUGGCAUUUCACUCCUGCAUUCUUGCUGUCUUCACUGCUUAAUUUCAUUGCAAAAAUGGGUUCUUCUUCUCCCCCACAACCUAAAGAAAUUCCAAUAGAUGAUAAAUGGGCAGAGGAGGGCACCCGCCGUAAGGCAAAAUGGUGGUACUCCACUUUCCACACCGUCACGGCCAUGGUCGGUGCCGGCGUUCUCAGCCUUCCCUACGCCAUGGCCUACUUAGGAUGGGGACCAGGAACCUUUGUGAUGGCACUAUCGUGGUGCGUGACACUGCACACCAUGUGGUAGAUGACGCAUCUCCACCAGUGCGUCCCUGGGGUGCGAUUCGACCGGUACUAUGACCUGGGGAGGCACGCGUUUGGGCCGAGGCUGGGGCCGUGGAUAGUGCUUCCCCAGCAGCUGAUCGUCCAGGUUGGGUGCGACAUUGUGUACAUGGUCACCGGUGGCAAAUGCCUCAAGAAUUUCGUGAAAAUUGUCUGCACCAACUGCACCCCAAUUAGACAAUCUUACUGGAUUUGCAUAUUUCCUCACCUUACCAAAGAGCCUAUAUUAUAACUUAAAAUAAAGACCUUUCAGAUUUUUUAAUUUAAUCACAUAAAGUAGAUGAGGGAUUAAACUUCGAGCAAGCCUAUGGUAAACUUUGCAUGUUGCAUGGUCUGAGAGCAUACACUUUUUCCAAUAUACACUUUGUGAGUGAGUGAUAAACACACUUCUAAACACUUGUCAGUGCAUGUACUUCAAGGUGAUCAACGAGCUAGUAAUGAAAAUGCACUAAUAAGCUUUGCUUGAUUUGAUUUGUAUUCUUGUCAAACUCUUUAUUUCUUGUUACAAUUUUUGAGGCAACUAUGAAGUUUAGUUCUUAACAUCCGUGUUUCUUAAUUUGUUUUUCUCUUGUUUUGUUUGAGGACAAACAAAUAAUUAAGUUU